CGCCCCCUGGAGGAACAGCUCGGUCUGACAGGAAACACUUCCCGGCCAAUGAUCUCUGGGAGACAAGCGAAAAGCAUUUCGGGUAACUUUGAAAGAUGGCGGACGACGCGGAGCAGCAACAAACCAGCAACACAGUAGAAGAGCCUCUGGAUCUGAUCCGGCUGAGUCUGGAUGAGCGGAUCUACGUCAAGAUGAGGAACGACAGAGAACUGCGCGGCAGACUGCACGCCUAUGACCAGCACUUAAACAUGAUCCUCGGAGAUGUCGAAGAGACCGUGACGACUGUGGAAAUCGAUGAAGAGACGUAUGAGGAGAUUUACAAGUCGACGAAGCGUAACAUCCCCAUGCUGUUCGUUCGAGGCGAUGGAGUCGUGUUGGUGGCUCCGCCGCUGAGGGUCGGAUAACUAACUUGACUUGUACACAAUUAUGCUUUUUGGACUCUAAAUUCUUCAAGUGGAUGACGUUUUUCGUUUUUGGAAGCACAGAGCUGUAAAUCUGUUUUUUUUGCAAAGCUGAACUUUCGCUUUAUGUUUUGGAAACCCUUAAUGGCAGUUCAUUUGCGCAACGUGUUUAGUGACUCAUUAAAAUGAUCGAAGCUUAAA